AUGACAUCUGCUCGCCAUGUCGUCGUUUCAACAGCCUCUGGGACCGGUCAAGCACAGUCUUUCUACGAGACACAUCUGACGGACACGUUCAAAUCUCUCGGCUUCAAGGAAGGAGAGCAGUUCUUCGUGCAUUUCACAAAAUCUGAGGAUACUGUUACGGAACUUGCAAAAGAUGUAUUUCUACCCGCCGCAAAUACCGGCGCUGUGAUUUCUAUCAUAUUGCUGAGUGGUGACGGUGGUGUUGUGGAUAUCAUCAAUGCUAUCCUCACAUCAUCACGGGGUCCCGAUUUUGCUUGCCCGGAAAUCACCUUGCUGCCUUUAGGAACUGGAAACGCGCUGGCAAACUCUUUGGGCAUCACCGCAGACGAUAGUAUGGGUUUGUCCACCUUGAUGCAAGGACAAUCAUGGCCCCUACCAAUUCUGCGCACCACUUUCUCUCCAGGCUCAAGACUGCUCGUCCAUGAAGGCAGCGAAGAGGCCGAACUUUUCGAUUGCAAGGGCAAGCCAACAAUAUGGGGCGCCGUGGUAUGUAGCUGGGGUAUGCACGCUUCAUUGGUUGCCGACAGCGACACAACCGAGUACCGCAAACACGGUGUCGAACGCUUCCAGAUGGCAGCCAAAGCAGCGCUCUACCCUGAGGAUGGCUCACCACCUCACAAAUACCGCGGUCGUGUUUCUGUGCUGCGUGAGUCGAAAUGGCAUGAGCUAGAGGAACAAGAACAUGCAUACGUUCUCGCAACCUUUGUCUCCAACCUCGAAAAGAACUUUACCAUCUCGCCUGCUUCAAAACCACUAGAUGGAAAGCUGAGGCUUAUACACUUUGGGCCCAUGUCUGGCGAUGAAGUCAUGGCAGUCAUGACAGAAGCAUACAAACAAGGCAAGCAUGUCGAAGAUCACAAAGUUCGCUACGAAGAGAUCGAUGGCUUGAGAAUAUCCUUUGACGACUCGGAGGACGAUGGUCGUUGGCGAAGAGUUUGUGUCGACGGCAAGAUCAUCCGCGUGGAGAAGGGAGGUUGGGUUGAACUUGUCAAGGAAGAUAAUCAUGUACUUGACAUUGUCUGCAACUCCGACCAUGCCUGA